CCGCGCUUCCCCGCGGCUCUCCGACGCCCCUCGCCCUCCCUCCGGUUCUGCCUCGCUAGCUCCGCCUGCGGCGCGCGCUCCCGCCUCCGACUCAAGAUGCCUGUCUGGGGAGGUGGCAACAAGUGCGGGGCCUGCGGGCGGACGGUGUACCACGCCGAGGAGGUGCAGUGCGAUGGCCGCAGCUUCCACCGCUGCUGCUUCCUGUGCAUGGUUUGCAGGAAAAAUUUAGAUAGCACCACGGUGGCAAUUCACGACGAGGAGAUUUACUGCAAAUCCUGCUACGGAAAGAAGUACGGGCCAAAAGGCUACGGGUACGGCCAGGGCGCCGGCACGCUCAACAUGGACCGUGGCGAGAGGCUGGGCAUCAAGCCAGAGAGUGUUCAACCUCACAGGCCCACAACAAACCCCAAUACAUCUAAAUUUGCCCAGAAAUUUGGAGGUGCUGAGAAGUGUUCCCGGUGUGGGGAUUCCGUGUAUGCUGCCGAGAAGAUCAUUGGAGCUGGGAAGCCCUGGCACAAAAAUUGCUUCCGGUGUGCGAAGUGUGGGAAGAGUCUUGAAUCAACAACUCUGACUGAGAAAGAAGGUGAAAUCUAUUGUAAAGGAUGCUACGCAAAGAACUUUGGGCCCAAGGGAUUUGGCUAUGGCCAAGGAGCAGGAGCUCUUGUUCACGCCCAGUAAAGGUGUAGACACAAACUCAGCACCACACCCUGAGGAUCUCUUCCUAACAUAGGCACCAGAUAACCCUGUAACACUAAACUACUGUGAACUUCUGCCAGCACUAAGUACUGUAUAUUACCCUGUACUUGGAUAGGCUGGCUAACUUGUAGGAAGAAAGAAAGCACCGUGUCCUUUUGUUUUAUUCACCAUCCUUUUCAAGAACAUCUCUUUUACAUGUUAAAUAAAACUUCAGCUUGAUCUGGG